GCCCGGGCCGCCAGUCUGGGCUUCGCGGCCAAGAACAGCGUCUUCCUCCUGGACAUCAGGCAGCCCGGAGCCCCCAUCACAGGGGAACUCUCAGGACACACAGAGCGGGUCUCUGGCUUCACCUUCUGCCCCCACGCGGGCCUGGAAACCCUCUGUGCCAGCAGCUCGGAUGACGGGACCGUCAAGGUCUGGGACACGGAGACCCGGGCUGUGCUCAAAGAGCACACGGCACAUCAGGCCAUCAUCACAGCCCUACACUGGUCCCCUCUGGACAAGGAGUUGGUGGUGUCAGCUGACGAGAAGGGGGUGGUGAUUUGCUGGUGGUACAGCAGGAAUGACAUGCGGCACUUUUUCCCCGAGUCCCGGCACGCCUUCUGCCUGACCUGCUCCCCUCACCGCGCCGAGCACGUGGCAUUGGGGUACAAGGAUGGGAUGAUCAUUGUGAUGGAUAUAAGCAUGAAAGGAGAGGUGAUUCGUAGACUCCGGGGUCACGACGGAGAGAUUCACAGCAUCGUCUGGUGUCCUGAGCCCGGGGAGGGGGCUUUGCAGGGCCGGGGGGAGGAUGGGGGCGAGGAGGAGGAGGAGGAUCCAGCCGGGGAGCCCCGCGAGGGAGGCAGCCUCCUCGCCUCCGGCAGCCGCGACCAGACUGUCCGUGUGUGGAGCUUCACCAGAGGCAAAGUGGUGAUGACACUGAAGCUGCCGUGCCUGAAACGUCGGGGGGGCAGUGAGGCUGGUGUGAAGGAGAGGAUCUGGGUGGCUGUACACUGGCCGCCCGCCCGCCCCACACAGCUCGUGUCCAGUAGCUUCGGUGGGGAGCUGCUGCUCUGGGAUCUGACAAAGCCGGGGAAGCAAAGGUGGACGUUGCUGGGCCCAACGUCGGAAGCUCAGAACCACAGUCGCAUCGUGUUCAACCUGAGCUCGGCCCGGCUGGCGGGGGGUCAGGACCUGCUCUUCUCCAUCUCCAUGGACCGUGAGGUGAAGUGCUGGGAUCUGGAAACUCUGGACUGCCUGUGGACACAGCCCACCCUGGGGGGCUUUGUGUACUGUCUGUCUUUCUCCCCGGUCAGCACGGGCUGCCUGGCCGUGGGGGUGGGGGACGGGAUGAUCCGCGUCUGGAACACCGUAUCCCUGAAGAACAACUACGACGUCAAGACCCUUUGGCAGGGCAUCAAGUCCAAAGUCACCUCGUUGUGUUGGCAUCCAACCAAGGAGGGCUGCCUGGCCUUCGGCACUGACGACGGCAAAGUGGGCAUUUAUGACGUUUAUUCCAAUAAGCCUCCGCAGAUCUCCAGCUCCUACCACAGAAAGACGGUUUACGCCCUGGUCUGGGGACCCCCUCUGCCCCCCGUGGCCUCUGGAGGCGGUGUGGAGCUGCCCGCUGUGACCCUGUACAGCUGCGCGGGGGAGGGCACGAUCCUGCAGCACGUUCCCGGGAAACUCGGAUCUGACGCCCAUGAUAUCAACCGGCUGAUCCGGGAAACCAACGGCAUCAAGCACAAGCUCCCGAGUCACAGUGAGAUCAGCUGGAAACCGGACGGCAAAGUGAUGGCGGUGGGCAACGAGGACGGGUCUGUGGAGAUUCUCCAGGCCCCGAGUCUGCGGUUACUGUGCACCGUGCAGCAGCACCACAAGCUGAUCAACGCCGUGCGCUGGCACCACCCUCACGGCUCGCGGCGGGACCUGGCCUUCCUCCUCGCCUCGGCCUCCAACAACGCCAUCAUCUACGUUCACGACCUGAAGACCAUCUUGGGUAAUGUGCUGUGCCUCAGCGAUCAGAGAUCCCGUCGUGGUUAG